AUGCCUACCACGUCGAAACGAAAGUCUCAAUAUCUGAGUGCCAUCGCACAGCGUUGGUCAAGAGAAAGUUCUACAUCGAGUGAUGACAGUGUUUUUUCCAUGGAAAUAAGUGAUGAAGACGACACAGAAGCAAAUGAUUUGGAUUUCAAAGACAAGAUUCAGACUUCUGACAUUGGUGAUUUAUUUCAACUUUGCAACAACCAAUGCAAUACGAGAUAUUUGAGUGUUCUUCUCUACUUGACUCUACGUCGUUUUAACUUAUCGUAUCGAGAUACACAUGCCUUUCUCAAGGAUAUUGGCGGUUUUGCAUGUAGAACAGCCCAAAAAUGGUCAAAUGUGUUUGUCAAUGGAAAAUUUGAUGAAUUUGUAGCUGACGGAAGAGGCGGCAAACGUGGAGAUAGCUUUUACGACGUUUAUCCGGAUCUUGAAGCCGAAGCGAGAGCAUUUGCGGUCCUUCAAUGCGAGCAGAAGGCCGCCAGUUUCACGGCAAUUGAUCUAGCACAGUUUGUGGAUAAACGGUAUUAUGAAAUUAAUGAUUUUCGGAAGACUAAUUCAGAUCUCGUGAGAUCGGUCGAAAGUUGCCGUCUGGAUCUUCGGAGGUGGGGUGGGCGCUUCGAAGCCAAUUCGAACCGCCCGUAUUUUGAGGGGCACGAUCGUCCAGAUGUGGUUGCUCACCGUCACCAAUUCAUCGAUUAUUUCCUGACAAAUGAAGCUAGCUAUUAUACUAUUAGUCCGGCUGAAGAUCCAAGUUGGCAAACACCGAAAGCACCUGUACCAACCAUUCUCAUCUGUCACGAUGAAUCCACUUUUCGGAGCGGAGAUGUUCGAGCAAAACGUUGGGUGAUUGAUAAUUCAGCACCGUUCUUCAGUAAAGGACGUGGAAGGAGUCUGAUGAUCUCGGACUUCUUGGUGCAGCAUCCAUCGGGACCAUUUUUUCAGCUGAGUGAACAGGAAUGGAAGAACGCCGUGAAGAAAUAUCCUAAUUUGGUAGAUGACACCGAUCUCCACUGUGAAAAGUAUUCUGCCACAGCCACUGCUCAUCUCGGUGUAGACUCGUACUUUGACAACAGUACAGUUGUAUCACAGUUUGAACGCUUGUUCAAACUAUUGCAGUUCAAGCAAGAGUAUCAAAAUCACAAAAUCGAAGUAUUAGUUGACAAUGCGAGAACCCACACCGCGAAAAACUAUAGCAUCAAUGAUUUCGGCAAAGAAAGUGGGACUAGAUGUCCGGUGCCAACAAUCGAAUACGUAGCCGAAACGAAUAAGACGAAAAUUCUUGAAUGUUAUUUCCAGUCAGGGCCAAAAAAAGGUCAAAGCAAAGGACUUUUGGCCAUUGCUCUCGAGCUUGGUCUCGAAGUCUCAUCGAGCUGCAAAUUAGACGAACUCAAGCGUAUAUUAUUAGAACAUAAGGCCUUUCAGAAUGUAAGCGUUCACCCUUAGACCGCACUUGAUAAGUUGUCGUUUCUCGCUUGUGUCGUUAUAGGUGUCAAAAUUAGAAAAACUAGCUACCGAAUAUGGCGUUACGAUUAUUUUUGUUCCAAAAUUUCACUGUGAACUCAACCCCAUUGAGGGUGUUUGGUGUCACGAAAAACAGUUCGUCAGAAAAUAUUCAGAUCAAACAUUUAACACAAUGGUGCACUUGAUAACUGAAUCGAGAAAGAAUUUCGUGGAAAAGGAAAUAUCACUGAAAUUGUUUCGGCGAUUUUGGAGGGCAAUGAGUGCCUACAAACAAGGACAAACUUAUUCUGUAGUUCUAAAACUGUUUUUCAGUAAUCUGUGUUCAGGAACCGUCACUUCCCACAGAAAAAUAACAAACAGCAACUUGAACGACACUUGAACAGUUGUUGUAUUCAGUAACGCGCGUUUUUUUUUUGUUUUCUUUCAAUAAGCAUACGUUUUUGUGUCAUAAGUUACUUGUCGAAUCAGUAAAUGACUAAGAGAAACAAGGAGAGAAGAUACAACUGGCAAUAUAAUUCAAAAGG